AGCUCGAACAACUCGUCAUCCAGAGCUGCCUACACCUGAUUUGUGAUACUACGUCGUAACUCGCCGUCGGAAUUCCAUCCUUGCGUUGUUUUCGUCCAUUCUGCAUUUUUCUUGCCUUUGCUUCCGCGCCAUCUAGAGAUUCCCAUCGCAUCGCAGUGUCGCUCCCCCACCGCUGGGUCACCUCACGAUCUGGCUUCACCCACCCAUCAUGGCGGCCUCAUCGACCAAGGAACGAGAAUUGCAGUUGCUGGACAGCGUUGAGUUGAAGAUUCUCGGAGUUGCGAACAAGGAGGAGAAGCUCCACCAGCUGCUGCAGCGAUACCUUACCCCAGUGCUGCUCAAAGCUUCCAGUGAACAUGCCCAAGUGAGAGCUAAAGUGGUUCAAAUAUUUGCCAGGCUCAAGACCUUUAUCCAACCCCCUCAGGUUGUGUUGCCAGUCGGCGCGCUUCUUGAUCAAUACAAGUCAACCGACUCACCCUUGGUAAAGCAAUUAGACCUUUCAGGAAUUCAGCAUAGUGUGGAGCGCAUCGACGAUGAUGAUCGAAGAGACCUCAUCCCCAAGGCCUUGAAAGGCUUUGCCAAAGAGGAAGGCCAGUCGAGGGCCGGUGCAUUAUUCCAUGUUAUCCUGCGACUUCUCCUUGAUGUUCGGAUACCUCCUCGGGGUGGUAAAGAUGAUGAGAACUUUCGCGAGGCGAUCGGCCUCUCAGACGAAGCUGAUGCAAAGUAUCUGGCCAGACUGAUCAGCAUCUUCCUCCGGUUAAGAACUCCGCUUGGAACCCAAACUUGGGCCCGGGCAAACCCAACACUGUCGCAGGCGGAACUCGACCUUAUCUCUGUGGAAAACCCCGAGUCCCAGAAGAUCUUCCAGCGCAUGUCAGAACUAAAGGUGAAGCUUGUGGUUCUAUUCGCAAGUGGAGCGUUCACGGAUGAGGAGAAGUUUCUACCCGCAGUGUAUGCCGCGUCCAGCUUCGACAACAGGGUCGCAUCAUCCGCCGAAGAAAUUCUCAAAAGAAGCUCCGUCUCAAUGGAGGAUGAGCCCCUCGUCAGACGCUUGUUCCAGGCACACUCAGUUCUACCCGCUGCAUAUCGAACUCGUAUCCUGGCAAUGCUGUCCAAGUCUGCUGUUUCAACCACCAUGUCCGAGAACAUUAUGGCAGUGGUGAGCUUGGACUUUGCACCGCCACAAUCCGAUGAUUCUUCUGGUCAGCCUUUGAGGCCUACGAGUUCUCUUGAGCGUACAAAGCUUCACAAGGCCCUAUUCCAGUACAUUUCAUGGGUAGCCCGCAUUGGGCCCUCGAAGGAAGGCUUCACUAUUUCUCUUCCACUGAUGAAGAACAUGAGGGCUUAUAUUGAUGCCCAGGGCUGGCCUGCACCUGAAAACACAUCCCACGAUGACAUUACCCUUCGAUCAAAGGCCUAUGAAACAAUCGGAGUACUUGCUAGAAGUGCAGACAUGCCAGUCACUGAGAGGCUUGAUCUCGCCAGUUGGCUCUUCCGGUCUCUAUCGGAAGAUCCAACCAAUGACGCGGUUGUCAACAUCGACGGGGCGCUAUCUAGCUUGACAGCCGGUCUUCCAGCCACAGUGGGCAGCGAGGCCGAGGAACUGAAGACUAUGCUACUCACAUACAUGUACCUACCCGACGAAGCUCCAGCUGUACGCAGCACACGCCACGCUGUCGUCAAGUGGGCAAACCAAUGCCUCAACUUCUCCGACAUCACCGGACGAUGGAUUGAUAUCCUUGCUAUCGGUGGAAAGUCAGAUGAGCGAAACGACGUGAUUGAGCAGGGUCACAAAGGCCUUGACCCUUGGACUUACUUUGCCCAUGUUGACACCAGUCCGGCUAAACCAGACUGGACUGACAUGGUCAUCAAGUUUUUUGGGGCCGUGAUCGGUCCAGAUACCCACUCAAAACGACCGUCAUUGCCAGAAUUGAAAGGAUUACGCCAUUCAGUAUUUGAGAACUUUGAGGGAUCCCGGCUCCCCGCCUUUCCAGUUGCCCUACGCUACAUCAAGCACAUCAUGUUUCUUACUGCUCUAGAAGACUUUAAAGUCGAACCGGACUGGAUGCAAACCCUUGACGCUCGCGUCAAGACCGACAUCAAAACUCGGGAAAAGAUUGCAGCCUAUCUCCACACCAUCGAUAGCGGAUACUUGGUGUUUUACCUCAAAGCCUGCCUUGACGGUGCCUUUGUAGAGGAUUCUGCAAUCACGGAGGAGUGUAUCCGCUGCUUUGUCGACGUCGGAUCCCUUAGCCCAGGUGGUACUCUGGGUUUCCUGACCCAGCUCAGUAACAAUCUGCUGCCACUGAUCAAGUCAAACAACAAAGAGAUUCGGUCUCUUGGCUCCCGGGCCUUGGGUAUCCUUGCAUCACAUCCAGCAAACGACGCUGACUCGAUUGAGAACUGCUGCAAGACACUCGUUUCUCUAUUCGAGAAGGCCGAGACUGCCGUUGGGCCCGACUUAAAUGCCGCAGAAGGAGCACUACUAGCGUUUAGCCACGUCUGCUCUCGGUGCGUUUACUAUGGCCAACCUUUGCCGGGCGAUAUCCGGUACCCUUCAGGGCUUCUCACGGGCGAGAACGUUUUGACGUCCCUCUAUGACGCUGGUUUGGAGUCGUUUGCCCAGUUGUGGACUGCCGGAUUGGCUGUCCCUCCGCAUGAAGGCGAUCAAUCGCUCGAAGUUGUCGUGAAGAAGCUCGCAACACAGGCAAAGAAGAGCAAUGAAAAGGCGAUCCUUGCUCUUGGAAGACUGGCUGCCGGCCUGGAAGAGACUGAGGAGGAUCAAACCGUACCUGAGGAUGGCGACGGCUGGUCGCACGGAGUGCUGGGCUCUAUCCUCAAGGAGUUAUUCAGCCUUCACGAAAUCAAGCGUGUCGAGAUUCAAUUCACCGUCGGCGAUGCGAUCACGGCAGCGAUCGCUCGUUGGGACUCUGACUACGUAAAGCUGACCCUGGACGUGGAAUCUCGGGGAUGCCAAGAACGCAAUGGCACGCGAGAGUCAAGGUUGGUUGCAGUUAUGAACAAAUUGUUUGCGGAUUCAAAAGCCACCAAGCCUUCACUGCUGAAGGCAUCCGGCAUCUGGCUGUUUUGCAUCGUUCAGUACUGCUCUCAUCUCACGGAGGUUCAAUCGCGACUUCGAGAGGCACAAGCUGCAUUCAUGCGACUCUUGAGCGCAAGAGAUGAGCUUGUGCAAGAGACAGCCUCGCGUGGUCUGUCGUUAGUUUACGAACGUGGUGAUGCUGACCUAAAGAGCACUCUAACCAAGGACCUUGUUUCGGCAUUCACCGGCUCUGGAACUCAGCUGAAGGUGGACCAGGAAACAGAGCUGUUCGAACCAGGUGCUCUCCCAACUGGCGAAGGCAGCUCUAUCACCUCGUACAAGGACAUCGUGAGCCUUGCCAACGAAGUCGGCGAUCAGCGACUGGUGUACAAGUUCAUGUCAUUGGCUGCAAAUGCCGCAACAUGGUCCACUCGAUCGGCAUUCGGCCGCUUCGGGCUCAGCAACAUCUUGUCGGAGUCAGAAAUCGACCCCAAGCUAUACCCCAAGCUCUACAGAUAUCGAUUCGACCCUAACCAAAACGUCCAACGGUCCAUGGACGACAUUUGGAAGGCGCUUGUCAAGGAUUCUGCAGGCGUCAUAGAUACCCACUUCGAUGCCAUCCUUGAAGAUCUAUUGAAGAGUAUCCUGGGACGUGAAUGGCGCAUGCGAGAGGCUAGUUGCGCCGCCCUUUCAGAUCUCAUUCAUGGACGACCCUUCCCCAAGUAUGAGAAAUACUAUCGAGAUGUUUGGACAGCGGCGCUCAAGGUUCUCGAUGAUGUCAAGGGAACUGUCCGAGAGGCCGCUCUGCGUCUAUGCAUGACAUUGUCCAACGGGCUUGUUAGGCAGCUUGAGGAAGGCACCAAUGGAUCAGCUGCGCAGGCCAUGAUGAAGGAAGCUCUCCCGUUCUUAUUAUCCGACAAGGGUGUCGAGAGUUCAGUGCAGGAAGUCCAGAUCUUCGCAACAAUUACGGUGAUGAAGAUUGCGAAGCAAGGAGGCAAAUCGCUCCGGCCUUUCAUUUCGGACAUGGUUUCCCAGCUGCUUGGGUUACUCAGCUCUAUCGAGCCGCAGCAAAUCAAUUAUCACUAUCAAAGAGCUGGAGAGGACAGCCGAGACGAGAUUGACAAGCUGAGGUCUCAAAUGGUCAAUAGGUCACCCAUAUCGGAGGCUAUUGAGAAUGCUCUCCGCUUCAUCGACGCGGACGUUAUGGCUGAGCUGGCUCCUAAGCUCGAGGCUGUGAUCAAGACUGCUAUUGGCAUGCCCACCAAGAUUGGUUGCAGUCGAGUCUUGACUACACUCUUCACUCGCCAUACAAACGACAUCAAACCGAUGGCUGGGCGUUUCCUCCAGCUCAUGGAGAAGCAGACAAUGGACAAGAACGACGAAGUCAGUCAGGCCUAUGCUCGUGCCACCGCGUACAUGAUGAGAGCUGUGCCAGAAGUUGGUAAGCAACGCUUCUGUGAGCGGUUUGUCAACAUGUAUUUCGCAGCGGAGGACGAGUCUCGGCGCCAGAAGAUUUCGGAUGUGAUUGUCGCGUUAGCUAAGGUCUCUCCCGAUCACUUCUCUUCUCUUGAGAAUGACCUGCUGCCAUUUUCGUAUCUCGGUUCCCAUGACACAGACGAGUAUACAGGCAAGGUAUUCAAGGAGGUGUGGAACCAGCAUGCUGGAAGCAGUCGCACAGUCGUCCGUUACGUCUCGGAGAUUGUCGCCUUGGUGGAACGGACCCUAAAUACACAACAGUGGGCACUUCGACACACCGGAGCUUUUACCGUUGCGGAAAUGGUUAAAGACGUGGCCAGUGCGAGUGAAGCAAGUGGUCAGAUUAGCGACGCCAAUUUGAGCAAGAUAUGGCCUGUGUUUGACAAGACACUUGCACUGAAAACCUUCCCAGGCAAGGAGAAGCUUCUUGAGGCGUACCCCGAGUUUGUUGAGAAGGGCCGAGCUCUCUGGACAACGGACUCGAAGAUUGCGGCGCAAAUGAAGAAAGUGGCGCUGCGGGAAGCGAAGCGCAACAAUGAGGAGUAUCGCGUGCCUGCAUUCCGCUGCCUUUGGAAAUUUGCCCAGGCUCGAGAUGACCUGGACCUCCUAAGCGAGAUCUCGGACAUUGUGACACCGCAUCUAGAGGAGCUGAAGGACGAAGACAAGAUGGAGGUCGAUUCCAAGGAGGACUUGGUAGAGAAGACUGCCAGGAACGGCUUGGAGGCUAUUGCUCGGGGAUACAGCCCCUCGAAAAUGAAGGAGGACUCCUUGGCGGUCUUGAGCAAUGUCCUUCAUAUCCUCAAGCCCUUCCUCUCCAGCCCCAAGUUCGCCACGAUCAAAAGGCAAGUCUGGUACGAGAGCGUGGGCGAGCUGAUGGAUGCUGCGACCUCUCCUUCGGCGGCCGCAAACGAUGACAAGGGCAUUGCCGUUACAUACCUCCUCAGUCUCGACAUGGAUAUGGUCGACGUCGGCACUGAGCCACAGCGUGUGAAGAGAGCAAAGGCUAUUGCGGCUACGCUGAAAGCAAGGGCAAGAGGCGUUUUUGGGCAGGCUGGGCCGGGUAUCGAACAAUUUAGGGAGAUGGUGAACGGAGCGCUGAACGGCGAGCGGUCUUUGGAGGUGCAGAAGGUUUUGAAGGAGAUUUUGGCAGAACUGAAGUAGAGAUACGCGAUGACGUUUUAUAGCGGAUUGUCGCGAUAGAGAAUUUAUAGUGUUUGUGGAAUAAACUGAACUGUUCAAAGUGGUAC